ACUUCACAGCCCGCGAAUGGAAGCAAGAGUCAUGUCUUGUUCCAAACAGGAAUUUGUGUUGAUAUCGCGUUGCUUUCGGUUUUCCGUGUAGUAUUUAGCUAGUUUUCAGCACUUUGUUUUUCUACCUAUUGUAACCUGGCGCAGCAGUAAAUAUGAGCAGGCACUGGGACGCAUGAUGGCUCUCGGUUUCUGAACAAACACAGCUUUUUCGGAAAUUCAUGUUGCCCGGGUGAAUGACAUUUCCCCUGGUAAUGUCGCUUCUGUACUCAUGUUCAUCUGUCUGCCAACAAAGUCAAAGCAUAUCAUUUCAAUGAGAGGAGCACACUGCGCCACACAACAAUGAGAGGGAGACCUCGUAAAAUAAGGAAAAGCGACUCCAAAGAGUCACCUGUCUUUAAUAAGAUCCUGUCUCCCCCGGCUGCAGAAGUGUCCAUUUUUGAUAAUCUCUCCAAUCUCAGCUUGCCUGCUUUGGAAUCUGAACCGAUUACACCCAGGAGAUGCAGGGGACGAAAGAAACGGACACAAGAAGCCAUCAGUGUGACUUCAACGCCUGUGCACCGCUCCUCCACAUCCAACAUUUCACUCUCCUCUCCCAGAGCUGAUGAAGAGCCGCUGGAGUAUGCUGAAUUUAACACUCAACCUAAGACUCCAGAGGACGAUCCACCAUGCCAAAAAUCGAAACCUCAAAAAAGAAAGUCUCGAACUUCUCAGCCAAAGCAACAGAGACAAAGGAGAGCCGUGGAGCAAACCCAGAAAAACGGGACUCCAACGAAGCGUUGGCAUGGCAGGACGCGGAAAAGCAAGACUAGAGAUGCAAAGGGAAACGACACUCAGCCAUCCAAACGCUUGAGGCCGAGGUUUGAGCUGCAGAAGCCUGAUACAGCUGAACAAGAUGACUCUUUGCUGUCUUCAGAUCUUUCAAUUGAACUGAACCAUGAUGAGGAACAGCUGCCCUCUCUGCCCUUACAAGAAAAUGAGAGUGAAGAUGAGGAGGAGGAAGAUCUGCCAAGUUUCCUGAUGCAGAAAAACAAUAAACCUCCAUCGAUCACAGAAGGAGCGUUUGUGUGGGGCAGAUGUAGAAAUUAUCCAUACUGGCCUGCGUUGGUAAAAAAUGUGAACCGACGACAGAAGAAAGCAAGUGUCAUGUUUGUUGACCAGGCGUUCACAGGGAUUCAGAAACAAAAGGGGUUUACAUUGCCUCUGAAAACCUUGAAACCCUUUGACUGUGAAGAAGCAGAUGAGCUGAUGCAAAAAGCCAAAGAGUCAUAUGAGGCUGCUAUUACAUGGUCCUUGGAGUUUAUAGAGGACUACAGGAUGCGCAUUGCAUGCGGCUCAUUUUCAGGCUCCUUCAUUGAGUAUUGUAAUCAUGACAUGAGUUAUCCGGUGAGGAGGAAGUAUCCGCAGGCUGCCUCAGAGAGACUGACCAUCACCAGUAGUGUCAUAAUGGAGGAACCAUGUGAACAUCACCAGGAGGACCAUGUUAGUGAGAAGUACAAAGAUGUUUCCACUUGCUCCAAGAGGCUGCUGCCAGACCGAACUCAUGCUGCCCAUAACCGAGCCAAUGAGAAGCUGGUUCAUUUCAUUGUCAAGCAGCGGAUGGUGGAGAAACAUCUCCUGGCCGUGAUCCGAGGGCAGCAGGAGUCCAGAUGGCUUCGCUCUUUUCUAAGUGCCAAAAGAAGGAGAGUGGUGAACAUUUACCUGGAAGAUGACCAGCAGCUGGAUCGGGUCUACUGGUACCUAAAUGAGCUCUACGUCAAAGCUGUGCCCAAAUCUCCUCGCCUCGCUGACGUGAAGUUAAUGGAGCACGUCCCUUUUGUCCUAGAUGUGCUUCUACCAGAGGCCAUCAUAUAUGCCAUUGCUGGGGUGGACAAUGUUUCAGUCAAAAAGGCAGAAGAGAAGUACCUGAAAGGGCGAUGCAUUAGUAACAGAGAAAGGCAAGAGUUUGACCUGAUGAUUGAACGGCAGAUGUGGAGGAAGUCACAGCUUCAGAAUACAGGACUUGAAUUAUUUUCUGACUCUAUCAGUUAAAACUGGGAAACAAAUUCAUUUUUUUAAUGUUCUUUUUUAUUUUUUAUUACUAUCCGAAAUAUUAAAAAACUUGCCUCGCAAAACAGUGCAGCAUUACAACUUCUUUAAUAUCCAUUAUCAUUUUAAGCAAGUAAGUAUUUUUUUUUUACACUUUUAAUUUAAAAAAGGGGGAUAUCUAUUAAAUAACAACAUCAAAAAUUUCAGAACAUUUAAAGAAGCAGCUUGGGUUUUUUUUUCUACAUUUGCUUGUGCAAAAAUACAUAUUGAAUGAAUGCUCGCUGUGUACAAAUAAAGCUUUGGCUUCCUCUUUCUGGAAA